AUGAAUGAACAUAUGAUUUUAGAUAAAAUUCGUUUUUUUUUUCGUUCAACUAUAUCCAAACAUAAAUCUCAAAGAGAACAUAUGGAUGAGCAACCUAUGAAUAAAUCUGAUGAGCAAGUUUUAUCCCAACGACUAACUCAAUUAUCAUGUUCUCAACCAUCUCAACAACAGAACAUAAACCAAUCCGGUAAACUUCCAUGGUAUCUAUCGAACAAGAAUGAAUCUUAUGAAAAAUUAAUCAACGAACUUUAUUUUACAAUUACAACAACAAUAAAUAAUACAAUUACAUCUUCAGCUUCUGUACGAUAUGAGCAAGAGUUACGACAAAUGGCUAUAUUAAUAUAUAGAAUUAAAUCUGAACAAAUUUUUCAAUCUUUAUGGAUUACUUAUUUAAAAUCUGGUACAGGUCAAUUACAUAUUAAUCAAAGAGGUCCAUCAGUUUGGCCUACUCAAGUUCAAACAAUUGUGAAACAAGCAAAUAAUGCAGCUGACAAUCAAAAUGAUGCCUGUAUGAAAUUAGUUCAAGAACGUCUAGAUGAAUUCAAAACUAAAAUACAGCAAUAUGAAAUACAAAUAAAUAAUUUAAAACAUCGUUUACAAGGCAAUAAAGAAGCAAUCUUUCGUACUAUUGAAACAUUUAUUCAACAAAAUCAAGAAAAUUUUCGUCAAAAGAUGGAACAUAAAAUUAAACUAGUUCAAUAUGAUUAUAACGACCGAGCAUUAGAACUUGAAUUUCUUCGACAAAAUCCAAGUGAAUAUUGUAUCAAAUUAUAUAAACAUCUUUAUGAUGCUAGAUAUAAACAAGAUGUCACACGAGAAGAAGUACAGUUAGUCAACGAACGUAUUACGUAUUAUAAUAAGAAUAGCUCCAAAUUACAUCAACAAGUCUCUCAUCCAACAUUUAUUAGCACGAUUAUUAAUCAAGAUGCUCAACAACGACUAUAUGAUCAGUUAACAGCUGCUGUUGAACAAGCAAAAGUCGAUAUGUUGAAUCUAUAUGUUAAAACAGCUGGUAUUCAAAUGAAAAAUUAUGACAAACAAUAUAACAAAGAAUUAAACAAAAUGUUUAUAGAACGAAACCAAAAAUCCUUACCAAUUGAACAACAAUUAACUAGUAUCAUGCUUAAUCUACUUGAAAAACGUGCAGAUAAUAAAAAAGAACGCAUCAAAUGUGUAAAUCAAUUUAAAAUUCACUGUCUUCAUUCUAAUUCUAAUCAUUAA